AACUGCAAUAAACCAUACACACGAUGAGGUUGCAGAUUCUUUGCGUAAUUGUUUUUAUCUGUGGUGUUAGUUGUAUCAACCAAAAUAUUUUCAGAAAAUAUUUAGAGUUACGACAUCAAAGAUUGUUGGAACGACGUCAUAAAAAUAGCGAGAGUAAAGAGAAUAACGUUUUUGACGAUGAUGAAGUGGUGACAAUAAAUUGCGGCGAAGGGGAGGUAAUCAGUGUGGAAAACGCAAACUAUGGUAGUCCAGGAAAACCCCAUAAACCGAGAAAAGGCAGUAAAGGCAGUAAAGGCGGCAAAUCUAAAAAGGAUCAAUGCAGCGACCCACAGUCCUUAGCGAAAGUAAAGGGUGCAUGUAAUGGAAAACAAACAUGUGAAUUUACGGUCAGUGACCUUUUCAAUGAAGACGAUUGUAUAAACGGAGAAGAGCUUUUAGCGAGGUCAGGGUCAAAGUCCAGCAAUGCUAUUCAACUCUGGUUUGGCUACCAAUGCAAACCAAAUCCAUGUUUAAGCUUUUACUGUGCACAUGAAGGUACUUGUGAACUAGCCAAUUUUAUAGAUUUGACCCCACAAUGUAAUUGCAUGGGCGACUGGACUGGUGACCAUUGUGACGAUGACCCAUGUAAAACAGAUCCAAAACCAUGUCCUGAAAAAAGCACGUGUUCAAUCAAAAGUGAUGGAAGUGCCAGUUGUUGUUGUGAUGAAGAGUAUACAGGAGAUCAAUGCGACAUAUUAGUGGAUGGAUGUACUGUCAAUCCUUGUAAAAACGAAGGAAGUUGUACAUUGAAUUAUGAUAGACUAGCGAUGUGCAAUUGUGCGUCACCCUGGGUGGGACCAGUAUGUCAAUAUGAUAGCAGUGGUUAUGGUGGUGGUGUUAUCGUUGCUGUUCCUGGUGCUGGUGGUCCUGGUGGUUUAAGUAAUACUGGUGGUGGUGCUAGUGGUAUUGGUGUUGUUCCUGGUACUGGUGGUGGUGCUGGAAAGAGACGCAAAUCUUUAGGAAUCAAACACUGAGAACGACAUCGAUAUUAUUAGUUAUGCAGUAAGUCCAACAUAUUCCAAAAAUAGUACCAUUACAAGACAUGUAUUGCAAAUACAAGCUUUAUAGAACUAGAAUUCAUGAUGCUUUGAUAACUUCAGAAGUUGUAUCUAUCAUCUAUAAAUAAAUUUUAUGUUAGCAUCUUUAUGAUGAAGAUGAAACACUAAUGAAAGAAAUACGUUCUGGAACGACAUUGAUCCCUAUCCACAGUCAUCUAGGAAAUUUUGUUAGUUAACUAUGAUUAUUCAUGCAUUUUAUUUUAAAUGUUAGUAUCAAAUUGUUAUUCAACCUAGGUUGAACAACAUUUCAUCAUUAGGAGUUGUGUGUGUUUACUAUAAUUGUAGUUCUUUUUUGUA